CAUACGUGAACACUGGAUGACGCUAGUUACGUAGAGUCGUUCACAUUAGCAAGCGUUAUCAUUGUUAGCUGAAGAACAUGUAUUACCGAAUCAGAUAGUCGUUAUUUAAGUGUGCUCACUUAUAACUUAUUGGUGUCGGUAUUUACACAUCUACACUGUGGACGAAAAUGACUGAUGUCACAGAGUCCCUGACCAAAGAGGGCUGGUACCUCAGCGAUGAAGGCAUAGCAGAACUGAAAGGAUCUGCACAGAAAAUAACUCCCAAUGACAUUAUUCGUAUUGCACUUAAUAGUGACCUCAGGCCUAUUGGGAGAAAAUGUAUACCGCCAGACAUCAAUAGUGGAAGAAUUGAGAAGUUGGAAGGUCCAUAUGUUCUUCAGGUGCAAAAGGUGAGGAAUGUCUCGGCUCCUAAAGACCGCGAGGAGUGCCAGGGCGCGCCGCGAAUGCUGCGUCUACAAAUGACAGAUGGGCACACCAUCUGUGUUGGAUUGGAGUUUAAACACCUGUCUAAAAUCAGUCUUAAUACCCCCCCUGGAACAAAGGUAAAGCUCCUUGGUACAGUCCAGGUUAAAAAUGGUCUUUUACUGCUCGAUGACUCAAAGAUCUCUGUCCUUGGAGGAGAGGUCUUUCAAAUGGUGGAGAAAUGGGAACUACAAAGGAGUCUGGCCAAACACAGCAGGAGUAACAUUGGAGCAGAAGGUGGACCCCCUCCCUUUGUGGCGUUUGAUCAGAGGUGUGAGAGGAAGGAGGAAGUGGACACCAGAGACCUGGAUCAGAGGAAGACCCUGAAGUCUCAAAGUGUUGCUAAAGGUCCGGACGAGAAUGAUGAGUUUGAAAAGCAACGGACAGCAGCGAUUGCUGAGAUAGCCAAGACCAAAGAGGUAUGUAAACCCUUAUCAUGGGCCUUUAUCACAUCUUGGAAAUGGUAGCCACAAGGUACUUUUGUAUUGUUU